AUGAUGAUCUUUUGCUGUUUUUCCACAGCUUUCAUUCGUUGGCUGUAUCAACGUCAAAUAAGGAAGAAGUCAGAUUCUUUGAGACGCAAAUAUAGAAACGAAGAAGAAAAACGGAGAGAAAACGAACUAAGACUGAAAGAAUUAGCGCUAAGACCUAUACAUACCACUACAAAUUCGUUAUAG